GUUAGUCACACUUUUUAUGAUGUGGUAGUCUGAAAAUCAGCUGGAGACAGACUGUUAAACGGCAACAAGAGGAGUUUAACUAGGGUUUCAUGGAAAAGGUCCUUCUGAUGGACCUAUGAGUUAGUGGGGGUAGGCUACUCAGUAAAAGUAGAAAAUACUCAAUCUUAAAAAACACUCUGUUACCAGUUAAAGUCCUGCAUUUAAUUAAUGUGUAUAGUGCUGCUAGAUAUCUUAACCUAUAACCAAUGUUUUUUUACAAGAUUUAUAUGUUGUAUUAGCCAUAAGCUUAGUAUUAAACUACGGCUGUCAGAUAAAUGUAGUGAGUAAAAAAUACAACAUUGUCUUCUAAAGUAAAGUGAACACACCACUGGACACAUUGGUAGAAUAAUUAUGAAUGUUACUUGUUUUUAAGUAGCAAUACUGCAAUGAUAAAAGGUAAAGUAUUAUUCAAAUAGGUAUUACUAAGUAUAAGUAGCAAACAACUUUAUUUUCAAAAGUUAAAACACUAGUUUCAGAAAGACCCUAUUUUUGUUAUUAUAUUUUGGAUUAUUGGAUUAUUAGUAAUACUAAUGGAUUCAUGAUGAAAUAAAUUAAGCUACUUUGUAAUACACAUAGUUUAAUUUAUAACAAACUUCUCGCAGGUUUUGUAUAUGUAAGAUCUUAAUUCACAGAAUGUGUAACUAAAGCCAAAGUAGCAUGAAAUGGUACAUAAUACAUCCCCAGAGGAAAAACACAUAGUCCUUAAAAGUUUUGGCCAAUUUAUACUACUCUAUUAAGUUAGAAUACUUCAAUAUAAAAUGUCUUAUUGGGUCAAAUGGUAGGAACAGAUACACCAAUGUGUUGUCAUAACUGGUACAGGCUUGAUUCAGUUGGGGAAUAUAUCCAAAAUGACCAAAAAGACAUAGGCCUUUUUACACAUAACAACAAGUCUGGGCACCUUCUUGCCAAGGAUCACUCUACUGGGUAGUUAUCUUAUUUCAGUACAUUACACUGUCUCAUUGACAAAAGUGGUCAUUCGAUUCUGGCCAUGCUGUUAGCUACACCUUCAGUGAAUCUUUUACCACUUUCUGUAAUACUGUCUCUUCUAACUGCUUGGAUUUACUCUGAUACAUUUGAUCAGUCUCCUUUCUUGUGAACCUAUUUAUUCACUGUAACUGUAGGCGUCCCAUUGAUGCACUCAAGUGUUUUAAAUCACUUGAGUGCCAUCAGUUUCUUAGACUCACGCUUCCCCCUCAGUGUUGUGCAUUCAUUUGGCUUAACAGGAUUAGCACGGCAUCCAUUUUUUUCAUUUGAUAGUUUUAGCCUUAAGAUUUCAUUUAGGGGUCUCAAUAACAUGAAUAAUAGACAACAGGAGGAUUUUAUAAAUUGAAGGAUCAGUGCUGUUUGAAAAUACAGAAAUGUGUUUAUUAGGAGAAUUAAGUUGAUAUUUUGAAGAUUUACACUGCCAUAAAUGUGCAGUUUAUUACUUCUUUGCACACAUUUAGAUAAAGAAAUUCAAGCUGGCAAAACAUCUUGUCAAGACAUUAGAUAAGUAUGUAUGAGUAAGUAAAAGUGCUGUAUUGUAAUGGCUUUUGACACACUAAAUGAUUUUGUCUCUACACUGACAAAUUGGCUAAAAGUCUGCUUGCAUUUGCCAGGAAAUUAUCCUUUUGUAAAGAAAACACACCAUGCAAAGUAAUCACUGCUGCGGGAAAGAAAAUAAAUAAUAGCAAAUGGCCGAUGAUCCUCUGAGAACAGCAGGAUGCCAGGUUAUGAGGUGCCAAAAGACCUCUGAAAGUGAGAAGGUGUUGGGGCGUGAUAUCUCACAUGCAUUUGCCAAUUGUCCACUCAGAGGGUUUGCAGCUCGAACUGCCGUUGCCUUUUGGGUAAUUGCAGUAGUUAGAAUGUGUAUGAUUUGAAGGCAGCGGCAGCAGCAGUUUGCUGUUAGCUGACAUUUAUUGGUGAGAGGUCGAGAGGAACAACUGGUGCAGAGAGUUCACAAUCCACGCCGAGGCAACAGAUGGAGCAAAUGAUGCAGGAAAGAGAAGGCGGUCCAGACAAAUGUGGCCACAAAACCACACGGAGGUGACGAGCGGCUGAAGACCAGUGUGGUAGACGUAAAGAACGUGUAAUCGCUCGGUUUUACUGGCAGUUUCCCAUGUUUAGUCUGCAUAUUGCGUCUGUGGUUUACUAACAAGGCUGAUCCCUUUGAAGCCUGUAGUUUGCUUGAGGGGAGACAAAACUUGUAAUUGCAGAGAAGGCGGGAAGGACCUUUAUUAUCCUAUUUCACAACAGGCUGCAGCUAAUGAUGUCAUACACAAGAAGAGUUGAGCCGUUUAACUGUAAAUUUGAAAAACAUGUAUCGACACAUUAUGUUGCGAUAAACAUCGAGAAUUCAUUAAUCACGGUUUGACCUGUGUCCUUUUACGUGUGGUUUAUUCUGUGGGCGGACUAUUUCGCUUCUGAAGAGCUCAACCAGAAAAAAAAGAUUGUGUUCAGUGAGUGAGAGAUUUGUGUACUCAGCUCAAUUUGACAGUCAUAAAACUUGGCUGCUCGUGUUUGGUCAAAACCUGAAGCUGGAGAGACUCACACAUACAUGGGAAUAAAAUGGAUUCUUGCCUUUUUAAAUCAUGACUUUUACACGUUAAAAAGUGAACCCCAAAGCAGUCUCAACCAACUUAGUUUAUAUUCAUAUUACAAGUUACAGCAUUACAAGUUACACCCUUUAUGUAGAAUACAUCAAAAAAUGUUUUACUAUCAGUGUUACAAGUAGGGUUGCAAAGGGGCGGAAAGUUUCCGGUAUAUUUCCGGAAAGUUUCCAUGGGAAGUUAAGCUGGGGAAUUUUGGAAAUAUUCGAUGCAAAAUUAAACAAAAAACAUGACAUUUCAACAGAUUUUUAAUAUUUUUAAAAGUAGAACAGAACAACUUUUAAUUAUUUAAUUGAACAAUUAUUUGUUUUAUUGAAGAACGAAAAUAGGAAUGUUGAGUUAAAUAUUACUCAUCUGUGCAUGUGAUGGAGGAGUGGAGGGGGUGUGGUCUCAAUAGAAUUGAAUGGCAUCUGUUUGUUUUAGUCAAGAUUAUGCUAAAAUAUACUUUCCCCAACUACAUUUAAGUUCCCAAUGAAGAGCCAACCUUCAAUUUUGAAAUGUCCCAGUUUAUUCCCAUAAAUUCCCGUUAAUUCCCAUGGAAAGUUUCCAUCUUUGAAAAUUCCCGGAAUUUUGCAACCCUAGUUAUCAGUAGUUAGUCAGGGGUUCAGGGGUCAACACAAAAGAAACACGACACAGAGGUGAUCAGCUCAGACUAAAAGACUUUGAGCCACAGUAAUCAGCCUGUAUAUGUUGACCCACUAUGCAGCUAUGUAACCUCAUCCUCUUACAUAAGCCAAGAUGAAUAACCCUAACCCCUGUUAGAUAUACCUGAUAACAGCCUGAGUACAAUCUCACCGCAUACCCCAAAAUGAGACAGAAUGAAAAAUAAAUGUCAGUUCAAGGAUAAGAAAGCAUUGUUAUUUUACUUUUUACAUAUGAACAAGUAAUUCCCUGGGAGGCUGAAUUUGAUUAUGAGAAAAUACUUAAGUUGUGAACAAGUGCUCACAGCAUUGCAUUAUGGGACAUAUGCUGUAAAACUCUGUGUUGUAUCUUUAACUCGCUUUGCUGUGUCAUGCCUCGGCCACUGACACAUGACUGUUCAUUUCUACCUGUUACGUAACUCUUAACCUCUGUCCAAUUUUCAUGCUUAUAUCAGCGUUGUGUGUGUGUGUGUGUGUGUGUGUGUGUGUGUGUGUGCAUGGGUGUGGGUGUGUGUGUACACGUGACGUUGCUUGAGUUGAACUGGGUAAGCUCUAUUCAGCUAUUAUUUACACAUAGAGGGACUACAGCAACAGCAACAACUAAAAAACGAGCAUAAUGGCACUCCUCCUUUGCAUUGGCCUGUCGCUACUGGCCUCUGUCCAGUCCAGCAACGUCAAGAACUGCCACCACGGCUGCCACUGUGAGGUGGAAAGCUUCGGCCUGUUCGACAGCUUUAGCCUGACCAGGGUGGACUGUCGGGGGCUGGGACCCGGGACCACCAUGCCUAUCCCCAUCCCACUGGACACCUCCCACCUGGACCUGUCCUCCAACACCAUGGGCCCACUCACCGACACCAUGUUGUCCGGUCCAGGCUACACCACCCUCGUUAGCUUGGACCUCAGCAGCAACCUUAUAACAACGAUAACAGCCAAUGUUCUGUCCAAGCUGCGUUACCUGGAGACUCUGGAUCUGAGCCACAACAACCUGCAGAGCCUCUCUCUCGGCUGUUUCUCCUGCCUCCCAUUGGCUGAAGUUGACCUCAGCCACAACAGCUUCCAAGAGUUUGACAUGGACGUGUUCGCCACCAAAGUAAAUGGUGAGCCUGUCAGCGUGGAUCUGUCUCACAACAGGCUUGUGUCAGUCUCCACGACUUUGCGUGGGAGAGAGCUGCACAUUCAAACCUUGAAUCUGUCAGCAAACCGGCUGCUGAGCGUACCGGCGCUGGCAGGACUUCCGCUGAGGUACCUCAAUCUGGAUGGUAACCCCAUCACACAGAUCAAGGAGGGAGCUUUUGCUCAUUUGAAAAAUCUAGUUUAUUUAUCCAUCAGUGGCCUCCAGGACCUUCACGAGAUCAUGCCAAACAGCUUCACGGGCCUCCUAAGCCUGCAAGUACUGGAUCUCUCAAACAACCCCAAGCUCAAGACUUUAAGCCCCGCAGUUUUCAGCGGACUGGACUCCCUGCUGGAGCUGAAUUUAUCUGGCUCUGCUGUGGCGUCCUUGCCAAAUAACAUGCUGACACACCUGCCCAGCAUUAAGAGUAUCACAUUAGGGCGGAGCAUCCAAUGCUGGAGGACACAGAAACAGGGACAGUUCCACCGGCAGCUGGGACAGGUCCAACACAACGAGGUGCUCAGCUGUAAUGUGGAGGGCGUCGUGUUGUAGGAACAGUGCCUGUGGAAAUUGACCAAUCCUUAAAGGGGCCAGUAUAGUCCAUCAGAAGUGCUUGCCAAGUGGUCGAAUAGCUUCAGAAACUCCCCUCACACCAACAGCUUUCUGACGUUGGAUAUAACCAUUAACACUUUAGAUUUCUAGCAUGGUUGGACAACACGUCGUACAACCACCUUCUGAGAGUAUAACCACGCCAGUACAAUCCUAAAGCGAGAGCCGUGCCUUAUCUGCUCUGAUAUACAAAACACUUUUUUGUUACUUUCACUUAAUUACCUCUGUUCCAAGGUGAGCUUUUGGAAUAUGUCUUAAAGGUUUAAAGUAGCAUACACAAACUCUUGACAGAAGUAUAAAAAAUGCUGUACCUUUCAGAAAAAACUACUUAAAACUGAUCUGUUUCUUUCAACCUUUACAUUUAGCCUGAACUGGUAGAUACUUUUUAAUAAAUCCAACUUUUUGCGUAAUGUUCAUACUGUUUGUUAUGUACUUCAUUUAAAGUGGGACCAUAUUAAGAGCUUUUUGCACUCAAACCAGUUGUGAUGUUUUCUUAAAAUGCACAUACAUGCAGUGUAAUACAAAACCUUCUGUGCUUUGCUCAUCAUAUCCACACUGAUUUUUCAACUCUUGACCACUAAGAUCAUUUUAUUUGACUUUGAAUGUGAUGCUUUAUUGAAAUGUUUAAAGGGAUAGUUAGAUAUUUUGGGAAAUGUGCUGAUUUGUUUAAUAGCCGAGCGCUAGAUGAGAAGAUUCUGAUAUUAGUUGGUCCAAUAUGAAGCAAUAUAGCCAACAACAUGCUAGCUUAGCACAACGCCUGGAAACAGAGGGAAACAGCUAGCCUGGCUCUGUCCAAAGAACUUCUUGAGCUCACUAAAUAACUUGUUUGUUAAAUCAAUACGAAAAACUAAAUGUGAAAACAAUGGCUGCGGUUGUACGAAGGUACUAUUUAUUGGACUUGCAGUGACUUCCUGUAGUCUUUUGGAAUUCCCCAUUGAACUGCAACAUGUUUUCUUUAUAUUUCAGUUCUUAACAGAUCAAAGACAUUUAAUUUAACCUGUUUAUUUAAUAAAUGUUGUAAUUUUUAGACGUAACCACAUAAGCUGUUCUCCCCUGUUUCCAUUCUUAAUGCUAAACUUAGCUUCUGGCUGUGGCUUUAUACUUAACACACAUACAUGGAAUUGUUGUGAAUCUUCAGAUCUAACUCUAAUCAAGAGAGCUAAUGUGCAUAUUAUACAUUAUUGUAUUAUAUAUAUGUCCCAAAAAUGUCAAUCUGUACAAUCCAAGUACCAUAGUUCUUUAUUAAGCUCGGUCUGGGUGGGAAACUUACACUAUCUUCUGUAAGUGAUGAGGGCAAAGAUCUUUUCUUGUUACGACCAUUUCAUUACUUGAAUCUGCCCUCCUGUCCUUUAUGUUUGGAAAACUUACCUUCAUAAGGACUCUUAAGUUUGGUGGCCUUUAGAAAUUAGGCCUGUGCAACCUUUGACUCACUGUUCUGUUUGUCUUACACGUUACACAACGGCAGCGAACAGGCCGUGACCAUGUUGACCGGCAGUUUAUUUUGACCUGCUGGCAAAUCAUUCUCCAGUGGAACAAAACGCGUGUUUGCAAACUAAUUUGACCAAUGAAGUAAAUCAACGUUCUCUCAAUAAGUAAUGGUAAAACACCAAGCUGCACCUUGCUGUUACGUAACUUCACCUUAGCAUUCCUGUGGUUUUUCUGUGGACAUAAGAUGACGAACAGCCUCAAGACUGCAUAUUAGGGGUUUUGAAUGUCAGCAAUCUGUGAAAAGCUUGGGGCUUUAGUGUUUUGGUUUUAAAGGACAUCCACCUUUUCAGUUGGUUAAAUGAAAGUCAGAAGAGCCCAGUCUUGGUGUAGAAGUUUAUAUUUAUAUGUAUGUAACUAUGUUGUAUAUAACUUUAUAUAUAAAUGAAUCUUGUGUGUAAUAAAUUGACUCUUCUCACACUUUAAA